AUGGCCCGCAACGCACUGGUGCUCACCAAACUCAAGUUUCUCUUUACUUUGGCGUUCUACAUCCUCCCACACGCAGCCAUCCGAAUCCCAAGGGCGGUUAUCCGUGCAUGGCUCAAACGACUGCCUCUAGCCCCGGCGGUCUGGAAUGGAUUCGCCGGUACCCUAAUGGCUGAGACGCCGCCAGACCAAAUGCAGGCAAUCCUCCCAUCGACAUUCGAUGCAUACACUGCGUGGGUCGCGGCUCGUGGGAUACCGCGUACAGUCGAUGUCCUGGCAGUUGACAAUGGCACUCGUCUGCUCUGGAUGGGGCCGCGGGAAGCGCGCAAGGUUCUUCUUUUCUUCCACGGCGGUGGAUACGUGAUGCCGCUUUCCGAAGGGCAUCUGCAGUGGCUCGCGCAUAUCCGGAAGGAGGCGGCCAAUGCAGGCGUUCAACUAAGCGUGUGUAUCCUGGAAUACGGACUGGUUCCAACCAACCCGUACCCCAGACAGAUGAUGCAGGCCAUUUUCGCAUUGAAGCAUCUGCUAUCUUCUGGUCGUCACCCAUCGGAUAUUAUCAUCGGCGGUGACUCUGCAGGAGGUCACCUCUCCCUAUCGGUAAUGGCUCACCUGCACCACAACCGGCCCUUUGGCUCUGAACAUGACACUUCUCUCGAUCUACAAAGCCCGGUAAAAGGGUGCUUCCUGGUAUCGCCGCUCGCCUCGUUCGACUCGACUGCUUCGUCCUACCGCAGGUGGUUUAGUGCUGAUGUUCUCGGUCGCAAGGUUGUGGACAAGUGCGGGCACUGGCUGAUACAGAAUUCUCCCUGGCACCAGGACAUCAAAGCAGGACAUGCCUGGGGCAUGGCCCUGGACGUUCCAGACAGUUGGUGGGAUGGGUUCAAGGCGGUAGAUAAUAUCCUCGUCACUGGUGGCUAUGAAGAGGUCUUUAGCGACCAUGUUCAACAAUUAGGUGCCAUGUUGAAGAGGAAGAGCACAGGAAACGUCGCUCUGCAUAUGGCCAAUGAGGCCCACGAUGGACCAUUGAUGGACUUUGCGGCUGGAAGGCCUGCGAGUGAGACGACAGAUGUGAUUACCGACUUUGUGAUAGACUGUUUCAAGCAGUAG